AUGGCUUUAGCUCGCCUGUGCCUCAACAGAGCCCUCGCCGGCCGCGCGCAGGCGCUGGCGAGGCCGGCGUACGCCGCAGCCCGGGCGACAGAUUCGAAACUUCGCGCCCUUUUCUCAACGUCGGCAGCCGACUCUGCCGCCUCAGGCGAGGCGAACCGCCGGGAGGUUGCCGUGUCGGAGCGCUCUGCCCCAGCACGCCGCAGCGGCCGCUGGGCGUGGCGUGACCUCCGCGACUUCACCCCGUUCCGCCUCGUCGACGGUCUCGGGAGCGCGCUGUCGCAGGUGGCGGAGACCCUGAUCCGCCCGCUGGAGCGCCUGGCGCCAUCGCGGCUGCUGUCGGGGAAGGUGCGCGAGGACGAGGCGCGGUACCGGCUGCGGUUCGAAGUGCCGGGGCUCGGCAAGGACGACGUGCGCGUGGCCGUGGAGGACGGGGUGCUGGUCAUCGAGGGCGAGAAGCGGGAGCACGGGGAGGAGCUGGGCGGCGACGACGGCGGCGAGUGGUGGUCGGCCAGCGGGUACCACGCCAGCCUGCUGCUCCCGGACGACGCGCGCGCCGAGGGGAUCACCGCCGAGGUGAAGGACGGCGUGCUGUACGUCACCGUGCCGCGCACCGGGGAGCGCAAGCGGAACGUCACCGAGGUCAAGGUCCAGUGA